UUAGCCUUUCAAGAGAAAACUAGCUCUCCAUUGUUUAUGGGCCUUAACCUGACUUUUAAAGAUUAUUGUUAGUUUUGUUAAGGCGUCACCGUGUGUACAUCAAUCAGAAAGUGCGAGGAACAUAUUAUAUUUAGUUGUGUGGCUGUAAAUCUGACCGAGACAUGAAGAAGCACGGAGAGCAAUGGAGCGUAAAUUCAGUGUUUUGAAGGAUACUGACGACAAUCUGCAUUUCGAAAGGUCUAAGACUCUGUUUGAGGAAAUUCGUGCCUCAAUCAACAACAGUGAUGAAGAGGAGCGCUCCUUCUGGAGACCUGUGCUGCCGUGGGGCGGAGUCUUCACCAUUAAGGCUGGACGAAAGGCCGUGUCCUGUACCCCUCUGUAUGUCAAGAUAAGCUUAAAGAACACCUGUACGAUUGAUGGCUUCCUCAUGAUCCUUUAUGUGAUCCUGCGGGAUAACGAGGGCUUUCCCAGAGAGUUGGCCGUCUUCCUCGGGAAGCAGUUUGUGGAGCACUUCCUCUACCUGAUGGACUCCUGUGACUACACCACGGUUAAAAUGCUGUGGAUCUGGGACAGGAUGUCCAAAAGACAGUACCGCUCUGAGGUCCACCAGGCAGCAUUGGAGAUCGACUUGUUUGGCAAUGAGCAUGUGAACUUCACUGAGAACCUGGAGCAUCUGAUGUCCACCAUGCAGGAGAGCCUGUGCACCAACUGGGACUGUCCUGCCCGCUUCCAGGAGUUCAUCAAGUCCACAAUCAUCAUUUGCCCUCACAGUGAGCUGCCUCACAGAGACCCCAUUCAGUCGGCCGUGGACCACUUCUUCUGCCCAAAGAUCCUCUUGUGUACGGAACUCGGGUGCAGCGGUCUCCGGGAGUUCUCUCAAAGGGUCUUCUGCUACGGAGCGCCGCCGUUCGUCAUUCUCAACAUGCAGCAGUGGAAGUCGGAGGAUCUGUCCUACAUUCCGUACCAUCUGGCUCUGUGCAGGCACAGGUACCUGCUAGAGGGCGCCACGCUCUUCAACAGGGAGGAGCAGCACUACUCGGCAGCGUUCCAGAUCGACGGCUGCUGGAUGUACUACGACGGCCUGAGGAGCGACAAUCUGAUCUUGUUACACAAGCCACCAGAACUGCUGCUGCUUUCAUCUCUGAUCUACAUCCGGGCCUCUACCAAGUGACACCCACCACCAACUACAGGGAGGCGGAGUCACACUGGGGGCGUCACCCGCUCCUGUGGAGUUGUUUCAGCAUAAAAAGGUUUCACAUUGCUGUCCAUUAUUAUGUUUUAAAUGUUUACAAAAGCAUAUGGGGAGGUGAUGGUCUAGUGGUUAAGCGUUUGGGCUUGAGACCAGAGGAUCCUCUGUUCAAAUCCCAGCCUGACUGGAAAAUCGCUAAGAGACCUUGAGCAAAGUU